UUACUUGUGUAAUUUACCGAUGUACUUGUUAAGAACACGCGAAAGAAAUUGCCGUGAAAUGUGGAAUACUGUGAGAAAACAUAGCGGAUAGUAAAUUAACCAGACCUAACAGCUUGGGGAUCAUUUUAAACGAGGUCUAAGCUCAGUUAACGACCCUGUUCACGAGCUAGCUAGUAAGCUACUUGGAGUUUUCUGUUAUGCCUCAGAUGUUUUCCCGGUUUGCUAGCUAAAUGUGCAAUUGAGUCGGGAGUUUUAUCCUUUUUCACGGGAAAAUGUGCGACCUUUCUUUGGACAAGAGCACCGUUUAUGUCCGAGAAAGAGGCAACCUUCGUCGUGUCAGUGACAUAGUCCUGGCACAACCAAAGCCGGUGUCAUCGUGCAGGAGGACGGAUCCGUUUGUGCUGAGGAAAGAGCACUUCAUAUUCAACUACAAUGAAGAGGGAAGUCUGAGGUACUCCACGAAAUCUCUCUUUGACAUCACUCUGUUGUUCGUGGCCGACAACAUUCACCAUGUGGACUCUCUGGUCGACUUCCCCGAGCAAAUAGGUGAUAGACUUUUUGUAGCAGCAGAGGAGAAUCGUGUAUUCUUGAACCCAGAUGUUUCUUCCAAAGCCCUGCAGUUGUUCAGUGAUGCAUAUGGAGAGAUUGUGCUUGGGUCACUCUGUCUUCGAAACAGGUUUGCACUCCUGCAUGAGAGGAUUGAUGCAAUUAAAACGUUUCAUAGUUUGAGGUCUCUGGAUUUGUUUGGCUGCAAACUGGGCGACAAUCACGAGCUAUUCCAGCAUCUAACAUCCACCUCUUUGGCAAGCAGCCUGAUUCAGCUUUUCAUUGGUGCUAACAGUCUGUCAGAUGCUGGCCUGCAAAGACUGACUGCACCUAUCCGGAUGAUGCGGAAGGGACUGGACCGCCUUCAGCUCCUGGAUCUUUCCUACAACCCUAUCUCAGAGACAGCACUCAGAUACCUCACAUGCCUCCCCAAACUUGUAAAACUUGAUCUAUCAGGAACAAGUUUAAAGCUUGGCACAGAGUUGAAGACAACUAUAUGGAAGCUGUUGGGGCUAAUUCAUUCUGAGAAACCACUGGACAGCUUCGAUCACUCGAGAUGUAAAACAGAAGGUUGGGCAGAGCAGGUUGUAAAUCAAUGGGAAACAAAUAGCUCACAAAUGCCAAAACAGAGGAAAAUUGAAGAAUCAAGAAUAUCAGCACUUCGCUUUUUUGGCAGGCAGAAGUUUGUCAGAGGAGUACUGAUUGCAGCACCUUUCAUUCAUGAGCAUGUGGAAGAGACCAACAAUGGGAAACUGCAUUUCUACAGACCGCCAAACAAUCCCAUAAAAGAGGAGAUUCCUUCCAUGACAAAUCAUCAAGUGAAGACUCAGUGCCAUAUCAACAAGCGAAAGCAUCAGCCAGAAAAGCACGACACUUCGCAUCAUGGCCCUCCUGCAAAACAACUGUGCUCAGCAGCUCUUUCUGCAGAAGACAUUGACUUGUUGAACAGCUAUUAGGACAGGCAUCCAAGUGGUGUUCCACAAAGGUUAAAGAGCAGCAUGGGCAAUUAGCCUCCAACCAACCAGAAUCAUUUCCAAGAUAAAGUGAGCUGCAAAAACAUUGUACUGGCUUCAGGUGGUAAAGUUGAUUUAUUUUUAACAAUAAAGUUUAGUAUUUUGCAUUA